UUCAGGGUCCGCGGCCUGGGCGUCUGGACCUGAACUUUGGGCGGUUCCCGCGGCUGUUGCGACGGGACUGCGCCCCACCGCCCAGGGCUCACCCUCGGAACCCACCCUGGUUCUGGCUGCGCGCCUUGUCUCUGUGCGACCGACGGCCCCCCCACCCUCGACCCCGCGUCAGCGCGUGGGCGUGUGGUGGAGGCGGAGCCCGCUGUCCCAGGACCGGCGAUUGGCUGAUUCCGCUUUCCUUUCGCCUUCCUGGCUGCGGAGCUCAGGUGUGAAGUGCCCGCCAGGGUAGGACCCCUCGAUCGGAAGGAAUGAGCUUUGCUUUUCCAGUGAGGUCUUAACAUCGCCCACAGGAGUUUGAGCUAUCCGUCAGCCGCAGGUUCCAGAAAUAGUUAGGAUUUAUGUUAUUUUUGCGGUCGGUGGAAGAUGUUGGCAUUUAUGUUUGCCUCCGGGAGUUUUUUACUGGCAACUUAAACGACUUAUUUUUCCCUAGAAACACUAUUCUGUCCCUCAGGGGCUCAUAUUGUUAUUUUCCAUGACAGGUCCUGACGACAAUAUUUGCAAAAAGUAUAUAAAGAUGAUAACCAAUAUAGUUAUAUUGAGCCUGAUCAUUUGCAUUUCUUUAGCUUUCUGGAUUAUAUCUAUGACUGCAAGCACCUAUUAUGGUAAUUUACAGCCUGUUUCUCCUUGGCGUUGGCUGUUUUCUGUUGUUGUUCCUGUUUUGAUCGUCUCUAAUGGCUUUAAAAAGAAAAGUCUAGACCACAGUGGGGCUUUAGGAGGGCUUGUGGUUGGAUUUAUCCUUACCAUUGCAAAUUUCAGCUUUUUUACCUCUUUGCUGAUGUUUUUCCUUUCUUCUUCAAAACUCACUAAAUGGAAGGGAGAAAUAAAGAAGCGUCUAGAUUCAGAAUACAAAGAAGGUGGGCAGAGGAAUUGGGUUCAGGUGUUCUGUAAUGGAGCUGUGCCCACUGAGCUGGCCCUGCUCUACAUGAUAGAAAAUGGCCCCGGGGAAAUCCCAAUAGAUUUUUCCAAGCAGUAUACUGCUUCCUGGAUGUGUUUGUCUCUCCUGGCUGCACUGGCCUGCUCUGCUGGAGACACAUGGGCUUCAGAAGUUGGUCCAAUUCUGAGUAAAAGUCCACCAAGGCUAAUAACAACCUGGGAAAAAGUUCCAGUUGGGACCAAUGGAGGGGUCACAAUGGUGGGCCUUGCUUCCAGUCUACUUGGUGGCACCUUUGUGGGCAUCACAUACUUCCUCACACAGUUGGUUUUUGUUAAUGAUUUAGACAUUUCUGCUCCCCAGUGGCCAAUUAUUGCAUUUGGGGGUCUGGCUGGAUUACUAGGAUCAGUUGUAGACUCAUAUUUAGGAGCUACAAUGCAGUUUACUGGUUUAGAUGAAAGCACUGGCAUGGUGGUCAAUAGCCCAGCGAAUGACGUGAAGUACAUAGCAGGGAAACCAAUUCUUGAUAACAACGCAGUGAAUCUGUUUUCUUCUGUCCUCAUUGCCCUCUUACUCCCAACUGCUGCGUGGGGAUUUUGGCCCAGGGAGUGAACUUCUUUUCAUUUACAAAGGUUGAAACUGUGGUAAAUUCAGCUAAAUUUGCAAUUCCAAGUUUAAUCCCUAAGAAGAAUAAUUGUAAUUGACAAAGAGAAAAUACUGGCUCUUCCCAUAUUCAUUGUGAUGAGAUUCCACAUUUUUCUUCUCAUUAACUCCCUUGAAACAGCCAACCUCUUUGUAGUGAAAGAUAAGUGUACAUAGAACUUACUUGUGUUUUUCUUCUGCUAAAUAGAGCUUCUUGAGCAAUGAAGCUCUGAUGUCCCUAAAUAUUGCUGUAUGUUGGCCUAAAAGUGUAAUGCCAGUUGUGCCAGUUGCCCAAAUUUUAGUUUUGGGUGGUUUAAAUUGAUGUGUGUGGAAGCCUGAAUAAAUAUACUCUUCACUUCCUCCAUUAUUUGCCAUUUCCAGUUGUGAGAAGUGUGGGGUAUGGUUCUUAGGGAGCUAUUCCACAUGUGUUCUUCCUUCCUCAGGGUUAGUAAUGAAAAAAAAGUAAAUAUCUUUUUCAUAUGACCAUUAGAAUGCAUGGAAAAAAUUAUUUUUAAGUAAAAGCAAAAGAGAUUUAUCUUCUGUCAAUAAAAUGUGCACCUUACUUAUAUUUUAGUUGAUUUUUGAGCAGACAUUAUCUUGAAUUUAAUAUUUUUUAAUGUAUUUCUAGCUUUUUUUGAAAUUUAUAUAGAAAUCUGUUUUAUUUUGGCACCCUGAACAGUUAGUCACUGGAAAACUAUCAUAAUUAUUUUUUUAUUUGCUACCUAGAAUUGAUUGGAAGAUGCUAUGAUUUCCUAUUCUGUGCUGAAGUUAUGCUCUCCUGUACAAUAAUAGACUCAACUAAAAUGAAUUCUACUUUUCUGUUUUAUCCUUCACUAUGAUUUACUGUAUGCUAAAGGAGUUUGAAAUGGUGUGGAUUAUUUUGCUGAAACUAUUUAAAAAUAUUUUUCAUGUGAUUUCCAUACACCCGCCCCCAUACUUUUUUUACAUUGAAAUUGAAACUGAAGAGAGAUUCCAUGAAUAACCCACCAUUAUUAAGAGUGGAUAAAGCUUAGAUUUCUUUACUGGUGACUCUACUACAGUGAUAAUUGAGAACUGAGUUGAUUCUGAAAGAAAGAAAGAAAAAAGCAGUUGACACACUUAAUCCAGGCAACAGAGGGGGUCUCAAUCGUUGGUUUUCACCUUUGGGUAUACUUUGGAAUCACCUGAGUAUCUUGUCCUGGGCUUCACUUGGAAGGAUUCCAAUUUACCUUUUCCAGGUUAGAGCCUGGGUAUUAGCACUUUUUAAGAGUUCUUGUUCCUGCACAUGAGAAUCAUCUAGGGUGUCUUUUGGUUUUUUAAGAUUUUUUUUUUUUUAAGUAAUCUAUACACUCAGCGUGAGGCUUGAACUUACAACCUCAAGAUCAAGAGUUGCAUGUUCUACUGACUUAGCCAGCCUGGGUAGGGCAUUUUUAAAAACACUUGCCAAGGCCCCUUCCUAGAUCAAGUAAAUCAGAAUAUCUGAAGGUGAGGCUCAUGCAUAGGUUAUUUCUAGAAAGCUCUCCUGGAGAUUCAAAUUUUAAACAGGUUGAGAACUACUAAAUCAGAAUGUCCUAAAGCACUAUGCAUAAAAGAAGCUUCAAAAGAGUGGGACUUUGCAUUUUUAUACAGGCAGCUAUUAGUAGCAGUGCUAUAUGCUGUCUUUAUACAGUGAUAUCUUCUAAUAAUUAUACCUACAUCACUUAACAGCUCAUUCCUGUGUUUUUGAUGCAGCCUGUUUAUUCCCAUAGCUGUUCCAAUAUGCCUUUUCUCUUUUCCUGGUGACUCAUCCUCAUGACAUACCAUGGAAUAAAAAUAUUUUUUGUAACCAUCUUUGGGUUUGAUAGAAUCACCAUAUCAUUAACAGAUUAGGGAAAUACUGCUUGACAAGCCUUUAUUUGAAAACCUAGGGCUAAUUGUGUUUUGAAAUCAAAAUUUUCAGAUUUUAGAACACUAAUAGAGUACAUAUAUUUUCCUCAAAUUCUCAAGAGUCUAAGAUAGGGGCGCCUGGGUGGCUCAGUGGGUUAAAGCCUCUGCCUUCGGCCCAGGUCAUGAUCCCAAGGUCCUGGGAUCAAGCCCCGCAUCAGGCUCUCUGCUCAGCAGGGAGCCUGCUUCCUCUUCUCUCUCUGCCUGCCUCUCUGCCUACUUGUGAUCUCUCUGUCAAAUUAAUAAAUAAAAUCUGUAAAAAAAAAAAAAAAAACCCACUUUCAUAGAAUUCCAUAUAACAUUAUAAUAAAAAAAUAUGUACUGCCUACCUCAGCAGCUUAAAGGUAUACAUACCAUUUCUUAAAACACUAUUAUGCAGUAGAGGAGAGGAAGGUGUAUGUGGCCCAAGGCUUUUGAAGCUUUUGAAGAAGACCUGAAAAUUUAAAGGAGUGGCAUUUGAGGACUCAUCAGUGGAGGUACCAGGAGAAUAAUGAAUUGAUAAAAUCGGUCAUUCCAUUCUUAGCUUUUCUCAUUACUUGGGUUAUGUAUGCCUCAGCCAAGCUGAAUAUAUCUUUAUUGUUUCUAACUCCUACCUAUGUAGGGUGCUGGCUUCAGAAAUGCCAACCCCAUCCCAAUUAGAUAAAGACCUAGUAUAGAGAAAAAUCAUGCAAAAAUCAUAAACUUUGCCUCAUUCCUGUAGCAUUAACAGAUGCUCCCUGUUGUGCACAGCGGGUAUACUGGAGCCCAGUCAUCUGAUGUCCCUGGUGUUUCGUCUGCUGUUCUGAUGUCAUCACAAUGAGAAAAAAAGUGUCGUAGCCAUCAAGUUUCAGGUGAAUUAUAUAUGCUUUAAAGAUGAAAACAAAAUUAUGCAACUAAAUUAUUUAAUCUCCUUAUGGAGUAUCUGUUGCUGUACUUCCAAAUGGUCCUGAAUAUUUUAAAAAUAUGUAGAUGUCCAAUAUAUGUUUGUUAAAUUAAGUUGUUUGACUGUAAACAGUGUUUUCUUUAAGAGUCACUGACAGUUGAUAAUCAGGAACAUUUUUCUGGAGAAAAAUAAAAAAUAAAAAAACCAGUUUGGCUACUUGAA